UAAAAAUGUCUAGUAAUUUGGGAAUUUUAACGGUCUUUGACCAUAAUGUGCACCAAUGGAAUACUUACAAAAGUCGACUUCGACAGUGGUAUAUUGCAAAUGACAUAACAAAUACGAACGACGCAGCAGGAACAAAGAGACGAGCCGUGUUGCUAAGCGCACUCACGGAAGGUACCUACAAGUUGGCAGCGGAUUUAGCCCUGCCAAAGGACUUACAAGAGAUACCUUAUGAAGACAUUUUGACACUGCUGGACAAUCACUUCACGCCAAAACGUUUGGGGUUUGGCGAAAGGCACAAUUUUUACGCAGCAACACAACAACCCGGGGAAACGCACACACAGUGGGCAGCCCGACUUCGCGGGCUGACAGCUCAUUGCAGCUUUAACAACGUCGAGGAAGCCUUGCGUGAUCGCUUCAUAAUGGGUAUGGCACCAGGGCUAGAGAAGGAGAAGCUGUAUGCACUAGACAUAACGCAGCUAACGCUGGCCAAAGCUGUGGAGCAAGCGGAGACCGUACGAUGCGCGCGAGCCGGCGCAGCCGCCGCCGCGGCGAACCCAGCGACGAUGCCCGAGCAGCUGUUUAAGAUUGAGAAAAGUGAUAAAAGUAAGGCCAGUGCGGGAAAAGUUAAAUGUGCAGUGUGCGGGUAUAAUAAUCACAAAAGUAAUGAGUGUCGUUUUGCUAAUUACGUUUGUAAGCGGUGUAACACGAAGGGUCACUUGCGUAGGAUGUGUCCUAAUAAGAUAAACUACGUAAAUACGGGUGCCGGAGGCGAAAGCGACGAUGACGGUGAGUUAUAUAAUAUCCGUUCAUUCAAAGGUGAACCUGUUGUGGAAUCUGUUUGCGUUAAUGGACGUAAAUUUCAAUUCGAAAUUGAUAGCGGGUCGGCUGUUACGGUCAUCUCGGAAAGUAUGUAUAAUACUCAUUUUAAGGCUGUACCAUUGUCGACUACAAGGAAGAAGCUAAUGACCUACACCGGUAACAACAUAAUGUGCGUAGGUUGUAUUCGAGUGAAUAUAUCAUAUGCGGGAAUGACUCACCCGCUCGAUGUAUAUGUAGUACGAGAAGGCGGGCCGCCGCUGUUGGGCAGGGACUUUAUGUCUUUAUUUAAAUUGCAGUUCAUUACAAUUAACUAUUGUCAAUAUUCUGACCUUACAAUGGAACAGUUGCAAGGACAAUAUCCAGAACUUUUCUCCGAAAAACUGGGUGAAUUUAAUAAAUAUAAAAUAAAACUGUUAUUAAAAGACAACUCAAAACCAGUUUUUAUGAAAGCCCGGCCCGUCGCCUUUGCCCUGCGGGAAAAGGUGGGGAUAGAACUAGAUAGACUAGUUCAGUUAGGUAUUCUUCAGCCUGUCGAAUAUGCUGAAUAUGCAUCUCCGAUAGUACCUGUUCUUAAGCGAAACGGCUCAGUAAGAAUAUGCGUAGAUUAUUCGGUCACAAUAAACAAACAACUGUUGGUAGAACAAUAUCCUCUGCCAACUAUUAGGGAGUUGUUUUCAAAAUUGCAUGGCGGGGAAACCUUUUCCAAAUUAGAUUUAUCCAUGGCGUACAAUCAAUUUAUGUUAGAUGAGGAGUCGCAACGUCUAACGUGUAUCAAUACACAUCGAGGACUUUUUAAAUACACUCGGUUGGUAUUUGGCCUUGCAAGUGCUCCUGCGAUAUUUCAGCGUGCCAUGGAAUGUUUAUUGUCUGGAAUGAAUGGCGUAGUGUGUCUGCUAGAUGAUAUUCUUAUAACAGGUAAGAAUAAAGAGGAACAUCUAGAAAGGUUACACGCCGUACUCCAAAAACUUCAAAGUUCAGGGUUAACUUUGCAAAAAGAAAAAUGUGAUUUUUUUAAACAUGAAAUAAAUUACUUGGGCUACGUAGUUGACAAAACUGGAUUGAGAAAGUCACCGGAAAAAGUUGCAGCAAUUUUAGAGGCCCCGAUACCGACUAACAUCAGUCAACUUCAAUCAUUUUUAGGCCUCGUAAAUUAUUACAGGAAUUUUGUAAUCGGUGCCUCAAGUAUACUAAGCCCGUUAUAUGAUUUAUUAAAAAAAGGUCACAAGUGGUGUUGGAGUACUGUCCAUAAUAAAGCGUUCAAGACAAUUAAAAAAUGUCUGGCUUCAGACCAAGUACUAACACAUUACAAUCAAAAUGCAAAGUUAAUCCUGACUGUAGACGCGUCUCCUAGUGGUUUGGGAGCUAUAUUGUCGCAAGUCGGAAAAGAUGGCCAGGAGAAACCUAUUUCUUUUGCGUCACGAACACUGAGUACAGCGGAGAAAAGGUAUGCGCAGAUACAGAAAGAAGCGACCGCAAUCAUUUUUGGAGUGCGGCGCUUCCAUCAGUAUUUAUACGGAAGAUCAGAGCCAUUCACAUUACGUACUGAUCAUAAACCCCUUAUAUCCAUUUUCGGUCCGCAUAAAGGCAUUCCAGAGGUAUCGGCUAAUCGCUUGCAAAGGUAUGCAAUGUUUUUAUGUGGAUACAACUAUACAAUUGAAUAUAUACGCAGCUCUGAUAACAGCGCGGAUUACCUAUCGCGCGCCAGUCUGCCGCCGCCGCCGCAGGAUGCGCACAACCAGUCCGCGGGCGCGCCGCAGCUAAACUCGGAUGAUGCGGCUUCAAUAGAUCGCGCAGCUUAUGUCUGUUUCGUAGUAGAAGGUAAUAUGCCGAUAACGGUAAAAGUUUUAAGCGAAGAAACAAAUAAGGACGUGUUAUUAAGUCGCGUAAAGGAAUACAUUGCGGGCGGUUGGCCGAAAAAAAUAUGUGAUCAGGGAAUCAAACCUUAUCACAUGUGUAGAACACAACUUGCAAUAGAAAAUGGAUGUAUUAUGAGGGGACAUAAGGUUGUUAUUCCGGAAUCAUUGCGUAACAAAAUAAUGUCUGAUUUACAUACGUCACAUUUAGGGAUUGUAAAAACAAAGUCAGAAGCGCGUUCACGAUUUUGGUUCCCUGGCAUAGACGAGGCGAUUGAAAAAAUGAUAGGUACAUGUGGCGUAUGUAUCCAACUGCGACCUUCGCCCGCGCGCGCGCCUGUUUCGCCGUGGGAGAAACCCCCCUAUUCCUUCCAUCGGCUACAUGUGGAUUUUCUUGGCCCAAUAAAUGGUCGAAUGUAUUACAUAAUAGUUGAUGCGUAUAGUAAGUGGGUUGAGGCCUACGAAAUGAAUAACACAACUACUUCCGUUGCGGUGAUCGAAAAAAUGUGCGAUUUUAUAUCUAGGUUCGGCUUACCAAAGGUUGUAGUUAGUGACAAUGGUACAGCUUUUUGUUCCAAAGAGUUUAAAAAAUUUUGUGAUCUAAACGGGAUCUCACACUUAACAACACCGGCUUAUCAUCCAGCAAGUAACGGCCAAGCCGAAAGCUUUGUAAAAAUAGUUAAAAAAGGAAUAAAAUCAAGUGUACUAGAAGGUCGUAAUGUCAAGGAAAGUAAGUUAAAGUUAUGCAGAUAUCUCAUGGACUACAGGAAUUCAAUACAUUCCACCACAGGGUUGUCACCAGCGCAAAUGGUUUUCGGUAGGAAAUUAAAAACACGAAUGGAUUUAUUUGACCCUAAAUCGUCGCCGCUUUCGUCACCAACACAAAUUAAUCAUCACUUGAAUGCACAGUGUACGCAAACUAAAACUCAAAAUGAAUCUAAGUGGCAGAAAUUAAAAAAAGGAGAUUUAGUAUUAUAUAAAAAGUAUCAAAAUAAGAAUAGUUACUGUUGGUGUAAGGGAGUGAUUGAA